AUGAAACAUACUGCAAGUGGAACAAAAGAACCAGUCCAAAUCGAAGAAUUCAAAGCAGCCAUUAGGGAUAUGUCAAAUGAUGAGUUGAAUAAUAUUAGAAUAGAAAUUGAAAAUAGCUUAAAACACCUACGCAGAUCAAAUGCUAGAUUGCAAGCUUAUAUAAAUAAAAUUGAAGGUAGGGAAUACCAUUAUGAGGAUAAUGAGUUAUUAGAUGAUUUAAGUGCUGAUGAAUUGGAUAGUAUUGACUAUAAAGAUUUACAGCUAUAUUCCGAGUCCCUAAAUGAAAAUAAUAUCAUUUUAAAAAAUUAUGAGGAAAGAAUUGAUGCAUUAAACCAAGAGAAUAUUUUCAGGACAUCUGGUUUACCCAAAAAGAAUAACAUAUCAAACACUAGGGACAAAAAACAAGACACUGAUUCUGAGAUUUUAAAUACAUCAGAAAAACCUAAUUCCAUUUAUUUAUGA